AAGAGUUGGAACCAACCAAAGUGCAUAUCACAAUGCAAUCUUUACUGUCUUAAGUCCAUAGUUCCAUUAAUAAUAUUUUGUCUCCAUCCCCAAACAUUCAUUUUCUUCCACUUACAUAAACAAGAAGAAUUGAAGAACAAUCAAAAGUAUCAUGGCUAGGCUAUGUCACUCUUCUUUCUUAAUCACAACACUAUUACUCCAGUUUUUCAGCUUCUGCAUUUCUUGGCAUGAGCAAGUAGUACCAACACCCCCAUUACCAAUUCUCCCACUACCAACAUUUUCCCAGUUGAAAUGGCAACAAAGGGAGAUCAUAAUGUUCCUUCAUUUUGGUGUCAACACAUUCUCAGACAGAGAAUGGGGCACAGGCCAUGAAAGCCCAGCAAUUUUCAACCCAACGGGCCUCAGCACAGCCCAGUGGGCCAAUGUGGCAGCAGAGGCAGGAAUUUCACUAAUGAUAUUAACUGCAAAACACCAUGAUGGGUUCUGCCUCUGGCCUUCUAAGUACACCAAACAUUCAGUCAUUAGCAGCCCUUGGCAAGGUGGUAAAGGCGAUGUUGUUGGAGAGUUUGUGAAUGCAGCUUCUGCACAAGGAAUAGAUGUAGGGAUCUAUCUUUCACCAUGGGAUAGGCAUGAUUCUAGAUAUGGGCAUGAUUUGCUUUACAAUGAAUACUACAUGGCUCAAUUGCAAGAGCUUCUCAACAAAUAUCAAAAUGUAAGGGAGAUUUGGUUUGAUGGUGCAAAGGAUCCCAAGGCACAAAAUGUAUCAUAUUAUUUUUCAGAUUGGUUCUCUAUGGUAAAGGAGUUGCAGAGUUCCAUCAAUAUCUUCUCCGAUGCUGGUCCUGAUGUUAGGUGGGUGGGAGAUGAAACAGGGUCUGCAGGGUACACGUGUUGGUCUACCAUUAAUCGAACCUCACUAGCAAUUGGAAGUCCAAACAUUUCAAAGUAUCUAAGUACUGGUGAUCCAAGAGGGACAGAUUGGCUACCAGCAGAAUGUGAUGUUUCAAUAAGAAAAGGAUGGUUUUGGCACAAGUCAGAAUCACCAAGAAAGCUAAGUGAGCUACUUGAUAUUUAUUACAAUUCAGUUGGGAGGAAUUGUGUGUUACUUCUCAACGUACCUCCCAAUACAACUGGUCUUAUAUCUGACACUGAUGCUCAUAGAUUGAAAGAAUUAAGAAGUGCAAUUAACACAAUAUUUCACAAGAAUCUAGCUGAAGAUUGUUAUGUUAAAGUUAGUAGCCAGAGAGGAGGAAAUGAGGGAGGGUUUGGACCAGAAAACAUGCUAGACAGUGAUCACUUGUGGUCCUACUGGGCCCCAAGGGAAGAAGAAGAAGGUGAAAAUAAUGACCAUUGGAUUGAAAUUUGGGGCAAGGAUGGGAGUUUGAGAUUCAAUGUGAUUAGAAUACAAGAAGCAAUUGGACUUGGUCAAAGGAUCAAGCGGCAUGAAAUUUAUGUGGAUGGUAAGCUGAUCAUCAAAGGGACAACAGUGGGUUAUAAGAGGCUUCACAGGCUUGAUGGAGAUGUGAAUGCUCAGGUUGUGAGGAUCAGAAUUAAAAAGGCAAGAGCAGUGCCUCUUAUUUCUUCUAUUGGUCUGCAUUUUGAUCCUUACUGGCACUCAAGUUUUACUGUGACAUGAAGAGCUAAAUUUGAGAAAAGGAUCAUAACUUGCAUAAAAGAAACCUAUCACAUAAAGAAUAUUGUAAUCUUGUUCUGUGUUGUAAAGAACAAAGUAUUCAUUUAGGUGAUAAUUUCAUGCUUUUCAAUGUGUUAAA